AUGCUGCUGUGGUUUCUUGUCAUCUCUGCUCUGGAUCUCGGGGCCUGGGGGGAUUCCCCACAGUUGUCUUGGAAUGAAACCCAAGCCAGAGGGCUGUCAGAGGAGCUUCUGGACCUGUUUGUUGGCAUCUCACAGCUCAUUCUCAAGGGUCCUAGUGGUGCGUCCACCGUUGUCUCCCGCAAGGAGUGGGGGGUGAGAUUCCUGACCUGCAGGGCCCAGCUGACCUGGCCUGUGGCCUGUGUCAUCAUGGACAAGCUUACGGGGAUAAAGUGGCAGGAGCAGAAUGUGUGCAGCUGGAAGCUGCGGGGCCUGCAGUCCCAUUCAGUCUACAACAAAGGCUGGUGCGAUGUGGCCUACAUCUUCCUGGUUGGGGACAAUGGCAGGGUGUACAAAGGUGUCGGCUGGAACAUCCAAGGCAUGCAUGCCCAGGGCUACAACAACAUGUCCUUGGACCUCGCUUUCUUUGGCAAUAAGCUAGGCAGCAGGCCCAGCCCUGUUGCCUUAUCAGCUGCAGAGUAUCUGAUCUUCUAUGCCAUAAAGAAGGGUCACCUGUCACUCAGGUAUAUUCAGCCACUUCUCUUGAAAGAAGAGAGCUGCCUGGUCCCUCAACAGCCACUGAUGCCCAGGAAAGGUAAAGCUCCUCAGUCCUGCCUCACCCUCCUCCCACCAGAGACACAGACCCUGUUCAUCCGCUACCCCCAUCUGGCUUAA